GGAAAACAUUGGCUACUUCCAAGACAUGUUAUUACUUCAAAGCAAAUAUGUUAGGAUAUCUUUGCAAAUCAUUUAGAAUAAGCCGUGCGUCACAAAUUCAAAGUACUCGGAUUACAUAAAGAGUUUGUUUUGUACUACAAAGAAGAGAACAUUCACUUUAAAAUUUUAUUCUUUGUCAUAAAGUUUAAUUAUCAAUUCUUUGAAACAAAACCUUCUCUGAACAUAACGAAGAUAUUAAACGUUAGGCGUAACACGUUAUUUGAAAUGAAAAUGAGAGGAGGAAAGGUAUUUUUAGUGUUUAUUUUCUCAGUGGUAAUAGUUACAAUGGACAUUUCCUCGGCGUCAUUGAUACAAAGUAACGGAACAGCUGAGAAAGAUAUUACUGGCGAAAUGUUGUUAAAACUUGGAAGAACGUUGAAUAAGCCAGUAAUUACUUUGUUAGGAAUGGCCAUUCGGAACCUUGAAAAUCUCCACCCUUGCUAUGACUGGACACAAUGGUCAGAAUGUGGUGCGUUAAGAGAAGGGUACAUAGAUUCACGGAUACGAACGAGAAAGUGUGGCAGAUAUCAAUCAGGGGAUAAGUUAACGACGGAAACAGACAUCGGCAUAUGUGAAGGAAUUUGUUCCAAGGCUUAUAAUCUGACUGCAAAUGGAUUUUGUGUAAAAUUGUAUGUCGAAAGGAAAUCAUUUAAUGACGCAGAAAAGCAGUGUCAGGUAGAUGGUGGUCACGUGAUAAACAUUGAUUCAGAGUUGAAGAAUGGUGAUGUUACGAAAUUACUGCAGGGAUUUAAUACACACAUUUACAUUGAUGGUCAGCGCAAGAACACAAGUUCAGCAUGGUUGACCAUAAAUGGUUCCAAGAAACAAUUCUUCCACUGGGCAUCUGGAGAACCACAUAGUGGUCUUUGUAUUAUUAUCCAUAGCAAUUCAUAUUGGUAUGAUUCGACAGUUUGCACUACAAGCAGGCCGUUUAUUUGUGAAAUAUAAAACCAAAAUUUUGAUUGUCAGAAUAAUGCUGGAUUCGUCCAUCGUAGAAUGUAAAUAUUUGAAAAAUUUUAUUACCUAACGUAGUAAGGAAAGGAUAAUAAGUGCAAAACAUAUACUAACUAUUGUACCACUAUAAAAUGAAUUCAUACAAGCAGAUUGUGCAGGUAAUACUCGAAAGUGAUUACAUCAAUUGUAUAAAUAAAUGUGUCUAUAUUGUUUUAUUGAAUAUCUUGAACAGUCCGAAUACUACAUUAGGAUAUUGUUCCAUUACAUGUUUAAAAUACAUAUUUACAUAUGUAUUUCUGCUUGAAAUAGGAAAGCAACAUACGCAGCAACAUGUAAAACAUAUGUACUUAGACAUGUUGUAAAAAUAUCUGAUUUAAAUAUGACAAUUUCUUUGUUAUUCUUUGUUUGUCAAAUACAAGACACCAUAAUCAUGUUUUUUUGAUUGUCAUUAUUCUGUUUAUUAUAUUGCAAGCAUUUGAGUAUAAAUAUCCAAUUUAAAUUAAAUAGUGGUGCCAUCAAUUUUAUGGUGUCAUCACAUAAUUUUAUGCUAAAAUGUUUUAUUUAAUAUUUAUAAAAAAAAAAUAUUGUAUGUAAUAUUAGUGUAUGAAAUC